AUGGUGGCCGUUAGGGGGAGGUGUUCAAACUCAGCUCCCGCGAGAUUUCCGGCCAUCCUGGCCCCGCCUCCCAGCUUCAGAAUAAAACAGCCAAUAGCGCAGCUGCAUCUAUAUAAUAGACGUGCGCAGACAGCCAAUCGGAAUCCGUCUUGUUCCACAGUGCUCCUAUUCGGCUCUAUAAAGCUAGCCACGAGUUGCCAUUGUUGGGAGAGUCCAUCUUGGAAGAAUUUAACGUUCGUAGGAGCCAGUGUAAGCAUCGAGUAGCUAAUCCGAUCAUUGCCGGUUAAUUAGAUUGUGUACAGAGCGCUAUGUAUCGGUAUACUGUUAGUCAUGUGUAGCUGAUUGAUUUUUGUAUACAGUGUUUGUGGCAGAGGCCGUACGCGCGUUUUUAUUUUUUUUUAUUUUUAGCCGCAUUAUCGCCGGUUUCGGUAUUUACUAUCGGUGUCCGAUUUGCCGGCUCGGUAGGCGGCCUGCUCGCAGGGUGUGUGUGUGUGUGUGUGUGUUCGGCGGCGGGGGAGCCUACGUUAGUUGCUCGCGUUGUAUGUAAGGCCUAGCUCCCCGCCGGUCUCUAGGCCGCGCUGCCUGCAGCUCUCCGUCCCCCCAUGUAUUCACACUGUCUGUCUGCCUCCCCCUCCAGGAGCGAUCCAAACCACUCUCGCAAUGUCUGAUACUGAGCAGCAGUACAUGGAGACCACAGAGAACGGCCAUGAAGCUGGCGAGGCCGAAGCUGCCGAGGUAAACGAGGCCGCCGCGGCUGAAGACCAGAACGGCGCUGAAGGUGAUCAGAUCAAUGCCAGCAAAGGCGAGGAGGACGCAGGGUGCGUACCUGAUAUUUCUUCCCCUUUAACUAAAGAAGUGUAAGUUAUAUUUUCUUUUUUACAUUUAUCUUAUUUCAUGUAUUGUGUAUGCUAUUGGGGGGUGGGGGGGCGACUAGUCCCAAUGAUCGCCUAUAUCCUUUGUUCUGGUAACCCUUUGUUGGCGCCAUGUGGUGAUGGGGGGAGGUUUUCCUAUUCUGUGGUGUGAACUUUUGCUCUAGUUUUUUUUAUUGUAAAUGGGAGAUCUUAUGCUUUAGCUGCUAACACAAUUGUUUUUUUUUUUGUUUUUUUUAAAUCUAAUUAAAUAUUAAUAUAUUGCUGGAAUGCUUCUCAUUUGGUCAUCGUCUCUGUAUUCAAAUGCAUUUUUUUUUCAUUGUACUAUUUUUAUAAAAUUUUCUUGCAAAUACUAGGUUGAAUAUGCAUCUAAGGUAAUUUGGUUCUAGUGUUGUUGUGAUUCCUGAUUGUACUCUGGUUUUAUUGGCUUUGGGGUUUUUGUGUUGUCUUGGCUUUUUUUUUUUCAUUCCUCUGUUUAUUGACUACCAUAUAUUGCAUAGGCCUUUAAUAACUCGAUUUGGGUUUCUGAGGAUUACAAUCACAAUGUUUUAAUGCAAUCUGUGUUUAGAUACUCCUAACAUGGCUUGUAUUGUUUUCCUUGGGCUUUAGGAAAAUGUUUGUUGGUGGCUUGAGUUGGGAUACAAGCAAAAAAGACUUAAAAGACUACUUUUCUAAGUUUGGUGAAGUAUCAGACUGUACAAUCAAGAUGGACCCUAAUACUGGACGAUCUAGGGGGUUUGGAUUUAUACUAUUUAAAGACGCCGCAAGUGUUGACAAGGUGCGUAACUUGACUAUUCCUGGUACAUCAAAACUGUGUAACACAAUUACUUAUGGUAUCAACUCUUUUUACAGGUAUUGGAACAAAAGGAACACAGGCUUGAUGGGAGACUUAUUGAUCCCAAGAAGGCAAUGGCCAUGAAGAAAGACCCAGUUAAAAAAAUAUUUGUUGGUGGGCUCAACCCAGAGGCAGGCGAAGAUAAAAUAAGGGAAUAUUUUGGAACCUUUGGUGAGGUAUGAACACCUAACUUCAAAAUUCUACUUUAAUCUUAAUGGAUGUUUGUGUAUGUUAAGUGCAGGUUAGCUUCAACAUUCGGUACUCAAAUGUGGGCUAAAUCUCCGUUAAUGCUCUUACAGCUAAUAAGGCUGGCAAAGCAUUGUGGGAGAUGUAUUCCAAAAGGUCUAGAGUCCUGAUAUGUACAUCAGCAAUGUUGAUGGAUGUUGUACGUAUACAAUGUCUACAGCUGUCAGUUAUUGUCUCAUCUCCAAUAUCUUAUUUAAAAAAACAAAACUAACAGUUGUGUAUACUAGGUUGUAAAUGGUUUAAUAGAAGUCUCAUUUUGGGCUCAUGCAUAUGGUUCAACGCUGCACUCAGAAGUAAUUUUCCUACGAUGAUGGUGAAACAUCACAUUUUUAUACCUGAAGCUGGUGCGCUUGAACACCUUAAAUAUUAAAAGAGAACUUAACGUUAAAAAAUAUAUAUAACUUUACUGUUAUCUUGUCUAGUUAGAUUUUAGGUGUCCUCCAUAAAACGUUAGAUGCUCAUCAUAGAGCUACAUUAGCAAAACUUCUAGUGUUUGGGGGUUUCUUGCAGAGAAAAUAUCUGCAUGUCCUGUAAAGACUGCAGGCCUAUUAUAGGAAGCAAACCUACUGCAAGAGAGGUCUACAACAGUUUAAUCGUUACCUUUUCUCUGAAGACUGUAGUGAUUCUGGUCUGCUUUUUUUUUAAAGGAAAAGCACAAAGAAUCCAACACUCAAAUAAAAUGGAAACUGACAAACCCUUCAAUAAGGGUUGUAGACAUUUUGUACCAAUGUCAAUACUUGAUGGGUUAAUGGUAUUAUAUACCAAAGUGCAGAGAUAAACGUUUAGUGGUUAACCUAUCAAGUGCUGACUGUAUUAUUGAAAAAAUGUAAUCUACAAAAGCACUCAGAUAAACUAUUUUUUUGCUGUAUUGACAACCUAUUUUUACAUAUGUAGUCACUGACAUAUGUAAAGCCCUAUUAUGUGUUCAGAUUUUUACUUUUGUGAGGCAUUCAUGUAACUUGUUAUAAAUGACAAUCUAUUCCACAGAUUGAAGCUGUUGAACUUCCAAUGGAUCCAAAAACAAACAAGAGGAGAGGCUUUGUUUUCAUCACAUUUAAAGAAGAGGAUCCUGUGAAAACAAUCUUGGAAAAAAAAUUCCAUAACGUCAGUGGUAGCAAGGUAAGAACGCUGUAAUGGGCACUCUUGUCUCUCUCAGGUUACUUAUUUUUGGAUACAUAACAAAAUUACAAGUUUCUGUAUGAAGCUGUAUUGGGUAUAUCAAUUUUACAGGCUAGUCUCAAGACACAUCAAACCUUAAUCUAGUGCUCUUAGCUUUUUCUAGUCCACUAAUUUUGUAUGUAUCUAAAUCCUUACAGAUCUUGAGAUCUGAAAUAUAGAAUACUUGGUAUUGCUUGUAUACAGCUGUAUGAAGUGGGCAAACCUUCAAUUAUUAGAGGGUCUUAAAAUGGUGGCUUUGUUUUUAGCCUAAAGCUAUGUGCUUAAGCUGUAGAUUUCCUACUAAUGGCAACAUUGGGUUUGUUCUGGCACUCUCAUGCAUUUGUAUUAAACAAAAUAGUGUUAACUUAUUUGUAGACUUGACACGUGUCAAGCACAACCCUCUUGUCACAGAGGACACUAGUGUUAUAGGUUUCUAUUACUAACACUAUAGUGUUCGUUUUAAUAUUGUAGCUUGUUUGACUGAUAUCUUGUAUCAUUUUUGUGAGCAUGUCAUAAUGCUUAUAAUUAUCUUAAUGACUAUCACUGUAAAACAUAAUUGUGCAAUCUACUUUUUUCAGAACCAUUCUUUUCCUUAUGUUUAAUAUGGACAAUACAUAUAUUUUUUGUACAUUUGCAGUGUGAAAUAAAAAUAGCACAGCCAAAAGAAGUUUACCAGCAACAGUAUGGUGGCCGAGGAGGAUUUGGUGGUGGAAGAGGUAGAGGAGGUGGAAAAGGUAUGUUUGUGGUUCACUUUUAAGACAUACAUUUUCUAUAGACGUCACUGUGGAAGCUGUCGGAAGAGCUCUAACAUUAAUAUAUCAGUGUUCAUGAUCAUUUAAUGUAUUAUCUGUAUACAAAUCUUGAGUUCCAAGGAUCAGAAAGUCUUCCCUUAAUAUGGCAAAUCUGGUGUACCUUUAAGUUUGUCAAGACAGUCACAAAAAAUAAGGGCGGCUGGGGGAAGGUGUAGUCUUAUUCAACCACUGCUAAAUCAACACUUUGACUAUUACAGCACAAAGUCAAAACUGGAAUCAAGGUUACAACAACUAUUGGAACCAGGGCUAUGGGAACCAAGGGGGAUACGGCUAUGGUCAGCAAGGAGGCUAUGGUGGAUACGGAAAUUACGACUACACUGGAUAUGGCUAUUAUGGAUAUGGACCAGGCUAUGACUACAGUAAGUAAUUUCUAAAUGUGCUCUAAUAGGAGCUUAAAAGUUCCAGAAACUUAAUAUCCAUUUGUCUGCAGGUCAGGGAAGUGCUAACUAUGGAAAGGCUCCAAGGCGUGGCGGUCACCAGAAUAACUACAAGCCAUAUUGA